GGGGCGGCCGAGCAGGGCGCCCUCCCCCGGCGCGGAGCCCCCGCGCCCCGGAGGGAUGGGGCGGGAGGCCGCGGGCGCCUAAGAUGCCGGCCAUGCGGGGACUCCUGGCGCCGCAGAACACCUUCCUGGACACCAUCGCCACGCGCUUCGACGGCACGCACAGUAACUUCGUGCUGGGCAACGCCCAGGUGGCGGGGCUCUUCCCCGUGGUCUACUGCUCUGAUGGCUUCUGCGACCUCACGGGUUUCUCCCGGGCCGAGGUCAUGCAGCGGGGCUGCGCCUGCUCCUUCCUCUAUGGGCCAGACACCAGUGAGCUUGUCCGCCAACAGAUCCGCAAGGCCCUGGAUGAGCACAAGGAGUUCAAGGCUGAGCUGAUCCUGUACCGGAAGAGCGGGCUCCCGUUCUGGUGUCUCCUGGAUGUGAUACCCAUAAAGAAUGAGAAAGGGGAGGUGGCCCUCUUCCUGGUCUCUCACAAGGACAUCACUGACACCAAGAACCGAGGGGGCCCUGACAACUGGAAGGAGAGAGGGGGUGGCCGGCGCCGAUAUGGCCGGGGAGGAUCCAAAGGCUUCAAUGCCAAUCGGCGGCGGAGCCGGGCUGUGCUCUACCACCUGUCCGGGCACCUGCAGAAGCAGCCCAAGGGCAAGCACAAGCUCAAUAAGGGGGUGUUUGGGGAGAAGCCAAACUUGCCUGAGUACAAAGUAGCCGCCAUCCGAAAGUCACCUUUCAUCCUGCUGCACUGUGGGGCACUGAGGGCCACUUGGGACGGCUUCAUCCUGCUCGCCACCCUCUACGUGGCCGUCACCGUGCCCUACAGUGUGUGUGUGAGCACGGCCCGGGAGCCCAGCGCAGCCCGCAGUGCCCCCAGCAUCUGCGACCUGGCCGUGGAGGUCCUCUUCAUUCUUGACAUCGUGCUGAAUUUCCGCACCACGUUCGUGUCCAAGUCGGGGCAGGUGGUGUUUGCCCCCAAGUCCAUUUGCCUCCACUACGUCACCACCUGGUUCCUGCUGGAUGUCAUUGCGGCGCUGCCCUUUGACCUGCUACAUGCCUUCAAGGUCAAUGUGUACUUUGGGGCCCACCUGCUGAAGACGGUGCGGCUGCUGCGGCUGCUCCGCCUGCUCCCGCGGCUGGACCGCUACUCGCAGUACAGCGCCGUGGUGCUCACCCUGCUCAUGGCCGUGUUCGCCUUGCUCGCCCACUGGGUGGCCUGUGUCUGGUUCUACAUCGGCCAGCGGGAGAUUGAGAGCAGUGCCUCCGAGCUGCCCGAGAUCGUGCGCGCAGGCUUUUUCCGUGUGAGUGGCUGUGGCUGUGCACCUGUGAAUGUGCUCACACGUGUGUGUCCUCAACCUCUCAGCUGUGCGGAGCACGUCUGUGGCCCUGAUGGCUGGCUGCAGGAGCUGGCCCGCCGCCUGGAGACCCCCUACUACCUGGUGGGCCGGGGCCCCGCGGGCAACAGCUCGGGCCAGAAGGACAACUGCAGCGGCGCGGCCGGGGAGGCCAACGGGACGGGCCUGGAGCUCCUGGGCGGCCCGUCGCUGCGCAGCGCCUACAUCACGUCCCUCUACUUCGCGCUCAGCAGCCUCACCAGCGUGGGCUUCGGCAACGUGUCCGCCAACACGGACACCGAGAAGAUCUUCUCCAUCUGCACCAUGCUCAUCGGCGCCCUGAUGCACGCGGUGGUGUUUGGGAACGUGACGGCCAUCAUCCAGCGCAUGUACGCCCGCCGCUUUCUGUACCACAGCCGCACCCGUGACCUGCGCGACUACAUCCGCAUCCACCGCAUCCCCAAGCCCCUCAAGCAGCGCAUGCUCGAGUACUUCCAGGCCACCUGGGCCGUGAACAACGGCAUCGACACCGCCGAGCUGCUGCAGAGCCUCCCCGACGAGCUGCGCGCAGACAUCGCCAUGCACCUGCACAAGGAGGUCCUGCAGCUGCCUCUGUUCGAGGCGGCGAGCCGCGGCUGCCUGCGGGCGCUCUCCCUGGCCCUGCGGCCCGCCUUCUGCACCCCCGGCGAGUACCUCAUCCACCAGGGGGACGCUCUCCAGGCCCUCUACUUCGUCUGCUCCGGCUCCAUGGAGGUGCUCAAGGGCGGCACUGUCCUUGCCAUCCUAGGGAAGGGAGAUCUGAUUGGCUGCGAGCUGCCCCGGCGGGAGCAGGUGGUCAAGGCCAAUGCCGAUGUAAAGGGGCUGACCUACUGCGUCCUACAAUGUCUACAGCUGGCUGGGCUGCACGAGAGCCUUGCAUUGUACCCCGAGUUUGCCCCACGCUUCAGCCGGGGCCUCCGAGGGGAGCUCAGCUACAACCUGGGCGCCGGUGGAGGCCCCGCAGAGGCGGACACCAGCUCCCUGAGUGGCGACAACACCCUUAUGUCCACGCUGGAGGAGAAAGAGACGGACGGGGAGCAGGGCCCCACGGCCUCCCCCGCCCCGGCUGACGAGCCUUCCAGCCCCCUGCUGUCCCCUGGCUGCACCUCCUCCUCCUCAGCUGCCAAGCUGCUGUCCCCACGCCGGACGGCACCCCGGCCCAGGCUGAGGGGCCGAGGACGGCCGGGCAGGGCGGGGGCUUCGCAGGCUGGGGCCGGCCCCUCUGUUCACCCUCGGAGCUUAGAGGGGCUGCAGCUGCCCUCCGUGCCAUGGAACGUCCCCCCGGAUCUGAGCCCCAGGGUAGUAGACGGCAUCGAGGACGGCUGUGGCUCCGACCAGCCCAAGUUCUCCUUCCGCGUGGGGCAGUCUGGCCCGGAGUGCAGCAGCAGCCCCUCCCCUGGACCAGAGAAUGGCCUGCUCGCCGUCCCCCUCGGGCCUGGUGAGGCAAGGAACGUGGACACGCUGGACAAGCUGCGGCAGGCGGUGACAGAGCUGUCCGAGCAGGUGCUGCAGAUGCGCGAGGGCCUGCAGUCGCUUCGCCAGGCUGUGCAGCAAGUCCUGGCACCCCAUGGGGAGGGCCCUUGCCCUCGGACCGCAGGGGAGGGGCCGUGCCUAGCCAGCGCCUCUGGGCUCCUACAGCCUCUGUGUGUGGACACUGGGACAUCCUCCUACUGCCUGCAGCCCCCAGCUGGCUCUGUCUUGAGUGGGACCUGGCCCCACCCUCGUCCAGAACCCCCUCCCCUCGUGGCCCCUUGGCCCUGGGGCCCCCCAGCAUCUCAGAGCUCCCCAUGGCCUCGAGCCACAGCUUUCUGGACCUCCACCUCUGACUCUGAGCCCCCGGGCUCAGGCGAACUCGGCCCCGAGCCCAGCACCCCUGGCUCACCGCCUCUUGAGGAAGGGGCUCGGACUGGGCCCCCGGAGCCCGUGAACCAGGCCGAGGCUGCUAGUACUGGAGAGCCCCCGCCGGGGGCUGGGGGCUUGGCCUUGCCCUGGGAACCCCACAGCCUGGAGAUGGUGCUUAUUGGCUGCCAUGGCUCUGGCACAGUCCAGUGGACCCAGGAAGAGGGCACAGGGGUCUGACCGCCAGCCCCAGAACUCAGUGUUGCCAGACCUGCUGCCAGCGGCUGCUCCGCCUGAACCCGGGGCGGAGGAAGCACGGCGGCCAUCCCUGGGACUCCAUGCUGCCUCCGGGUCAGGGCAGGGAGCGGAGAAUUAAAGAGGGCCCAGCCCCCGACUCCGGGUGGCCUGGAGCCUCAGGGGCAGGCCCCAGGCUGGGAAUCUUCGUACCCCUCAGCCUCUUCCUCUGACCGUCUCUCCCUCUGCAGGAUGGGGGGACAGAGGCCUGAGGCCAGGAGGGACCCUGCCAUCCCCUGCAUGUGUCCCUGUCUCCCCAGUCCCAUUUUUUAUAUUAAAAAAAUAAAUAAAAUGAGCUACUUUGGAA